AUGCCAAUCUACCAGGUUAAAUAUGUCGGCUUUUCGAAUGUGUCCCAAAGUCAGUCAUGGAUAUUUACUCUUAAUCGCCACACCAAAGCGGUCGAUGUAUUGGCUAUGAGCAUGCAUGGAGCAUUGCUCCUUACUGGAGGCAAUGAUAGUAGAGUUGUGGUAUGGAACCUCACAUCUGGUGAAAUGAUUCAAGAAAUCAUUUCACCAGCAGCUGGAUAUAUUAGUGCGAUCACUUGGGUCACUGAUAAUGUUCAUUCCUGUCAGGCACUUUUCAAAUUUCACAGUACUACCAUUGGUCACUCGGGUCCGGUAGAGUCGCUUGCUUGGGAUCCCGUUCAUCACCGACUGGCAAGUGCUGGUGACGGUCGGCCCCAUGUUUGGAACUUCAUGCCAGACAAAACUCUCACUUCCAUCACCUCAAAGCUCGACAAGCAGCCGUAUGUGGCACACACGGUACACUUCUACGACAAUGGUGCUUCACUACUGGUAUCAUAUCUAGAAAGCAGUGAGAUGUACAUGUACCACAACAACUGUGAUUUUACUCUGACUAAAGUCCAGGGAAGGAUUGGGAAUACCACCCUCGAGGGCAAUUUCCUCCUUGUAAGCAAUCUUAAAGAUGGGGUAGACAAAUACUCUGUGCCUACCCUCCAAUGUGUCCAGUCAUACAGCCAUGUGAUCCUGUGGAAUAUGCCUUUGCAAAUCUCCAUUGCUCGACAAGCAGGGCUCAUUUUCAUCGGGGGCAACGAUGGUUUUGCUCGCAUAUUUCAUUAUAGUACUGGUGUAUACUGA